CGGGCGCCAAGGCGCUCCUGGCCUCUGCUCGCUGCGCCCGCCACUCACCUACCGCCCGCUGCCAGAGCCAGAGCCAUGGGUCGACAGAAGGAGCUGAUGUCACGCUGCGGGGACAUGAUCCACAUCCGCUACAGGCUGCUUCGCCAGGCGAUGGCGGAGUGUCUGGGGACCCUUAUUCUCGUGAUGUUUGGCUGUGGCUCUGUGGCCCAGGUAGUGCUCAGCCGGGGUACACAUGGUGGCUUCCUCACCAUCAACCUGGCCUUUGGCUUUGCUGUCACCUUGGGCAUCCUCAUAGCUGGCCAGGUCUCUGGGGCCCACCUGAACCCUGCUGUGACCUUUGCCAUGUGCUUUCUGGCACGAGAGCCCUGGAUUAAGCUGCCCAUCUACACCCUGGCUCAGACGCUGGGAGCCUUCUUGGGAGCUGGGAUCAUUUUUGGGCUGUAUUAUGAUGCAAUCUGGGCCUUCGCCAACAACGAGCUUAUAGUCUCAGGUCCCAACGGCACAGCUGGCAUCUUUGCCACCUACCCCUCUGGACACUUGGACAUGGUCAAUGGCUUCUUUGAUCAGUUCAUAGGCACGGCCUCCCUCAUUGUAUGUGUGCUGGCCAUUGUUGACCCCUACAACAAUCCUGUUCCCCGUGGCCUGGAGGCCUUCACCGUGGGCCUUGUGGUCCUAGUCAUUGGCACUUCCAUGGGCUUCAACUCCGGCUAUGCCGUCAACCCUGCCCGGGACUUUGGUCCCCGCCUUUUCACUGCCAUCGCUGGCUGGGGCUCAGAAGUCUUCACGACUGGCCGGCACUGGUGGUGGGUGCCCAUCGUGUCUCCGCUCCUGGGCUCCAUUGCAGGUGUCUUCGUGUACCAACUCAUGAUUAGCUGCCACCUGGAGCAGCCCCCACCCUCCACCGAGCAGGAGAAUGUGAAGUUGGCCCAUGUGAAGCACAAGGAGCAGAUCUGAGAAGGCAGUGGGCGUACCUUUACUGUCCCUUCCCUGAGCAUUAAUGACCGUGCAGGGACCACUCCUUAGAAGCUCCUUCAUGUCCCCCUCCAUGUCAACCCCAGCUGGACAACCUCCAGGAUUCCCACUGGACCCUGCCCAGUUGGACAGGGGAGAGAAUAGGCAGCAGUCAGUCCUGUGUGUGUGUGUGUGUGUGUGUGUGUGUGUGUGUGUGUGUGGUUUCCCAGAUAUUCAGGGCAAGAUACCAAGCUUUCCUAAAGGAUCCUAAUGGUGCAGAGAGCCCAAGGGAGAAGGCACUGUGGCCCUCUGUGAGUGAGGGAAGUAGGAAGGUAUACAUAUUUAGGUCUCCAUAUGGAGGAGGAGGGUCCAGUUGUGUGUGCUUCUGAGUAGGUGUGUGUCUACCCUUUUUUCUGAGUGGGGCUUUUCCAGGCUUUUGGGAGGAGGGCCGCCUGCUCAGGUCUGGAGGUCUGGAGGUCUAGAUUCCCUGAGUAGGAGCUGUGUAACAUGUUUCUGUCAUAAAGUAGGCAUGACAUAGGGUGUGAAAUCCAGGUCUUAAGUUUCAUGUUUGCUUUUAUUUUGUUUUUUAAAAAAUAUAUAGCAGAUGUUACAAUCUUAUGGAUGGAGGUUGGGAGACUCCACUUUAAGAGAGUCUUCACCUCUUUAAUCCUCUACUCAACAGUAUAUUCUUUUGCUUUUUAUAUAUAUAAAAAAAAAU